UGCUACGUGGAAAGGAAGUGGCGAGCAUGCUAAUGCUAAUGUGGCUACAAAUUGAGAGCGACCAAAACAAACGAUGAAGGCGGAGCAAAGGAGCCGAAAACAGCUUGGAUUAGGCAUGGAACUGCGUUUGCUCUGAUCGUGGUGUUAGAGUUUAGGCAGGGUAUUAGAGGUACCUAUAUGUCUACUUUAGAAACCAUGUUAAUAUGAAUGCCAGUUGACGAGUUUGCGAGCUGUAACUGUAUCUGGGAUUGAUGUUUCCUCUGUACACAGACGCUAUGCUUUGGCUAACUAGCUAAGUGGUAGCUAGAUGUCAACAAAGCUUAUCCCGGAACACAUCUUGACAUAGUAAUAGUGUUUUCACUAGGUUGUCGUUUAUUUCAAGAAAUGCAGAGAUAGUUAAAGGGACUGUGGUUUAUGUGCUAACUCCAAUCCCCCUUUAAGAUCCGUGUUACAGUUCCUGGAGUUACUGAUAGCUAGCUAGCCACACAGUCAACAUGAGUUGGUUCAACUCCUCUCUGUCCAGCUUCGCUAAACAAGCUUUAACAACAGCUCAGAAGUCAAUCGAUCGAGUUCUGGACAUCAAAGAGGAGGACCAGUGGGGUGACACAGUUGUCAUGCCCUAUGAUGAUGUAACAAUACCUGGAAAGCUGUCACUGAGUGGAGGAUGGGGAAUGACGCCGUGGGAGGCGCCCCCUGAAGAGAGGCCCAUCACUCCUCCUCCUUCCUCUGAGGCCAUCACCACUCCUGUCACCCGCACAGUUGUGGAUGAAUCGGAAAACUUUUUCACUACCUUUUUGCCACCCGGAGACGUCCAAGGCGUCACCGUCUCCCAGGUAGUGUCCGUACCACCUACUAAGUCGCAAAGGCGGCCUCAGGAGAAGGAAAACAAAAGCAGGGAGACUGUGGCGCACGAAGAAGAGAAUUCAGCACCUGCGGACGAGACCCUGGAGUAUCAGACGGAUGAUGAAGACCAGAUAGUUGAUCUGGAUUCCUCAGCAGAAUCCCCUUUAUUCAGACACUAUCCUCCUGCAGCCAGUUUUCUCCUGCUCCUUCUCCCAGCGAUCUUCCUGACAGCGAAAUGAGCGAU